AUGGCAACCAAGCCCGCCACGGCCCGUAUCACGGUCUCCUUGCGCGACAUCGCCCAGUGCAUAGAUCACUCACUACUUCAACCAAGUUUGACGGACGCCGAGGUCGAGGCCGGCCUGUGCAUCGCAAAGGAAUAUGGCGUCGCUGCUGCUUGCAUUAAGCCAUACUGCAUUCCUGCUGCGCGCAAGGCCUUCGCCGGAUCUAGCGUACGCGUCUGUGCUGUGAUCAGCUUCCCCCAUGGCAACUCGACUACGUCCAUCAAAGUAGCCGAGGCCAGGGAGGCCGUGCAAGCUGGGGCUCACGAGAUUGAUAUGGUGGUCAAUAUGGGCAAGGUCUUGGGGGGUGAUUGGGAUUAUGUGCGCGAGGAGAUUCGCGCGGUUAAUGACGCUGUUACGGGCACUCGUGUUGCGGACGAGCCUGAUGGGGAGACGGGCUUGCUCAAGGUCAUCUUUGAGAAUGACUUCCUCCAGGACGAGCACAUUGUACGACUCUGCCAGAUCUGUACGGAGCUGCGCGUGGCUUUUGUGAAGACCUCCUCGGGUUACGGCUUCGUUAAGCAAAGGAAUGGCAUGUAUACCUACAAGGGCGCGACCAUCCCUCACCUCAAACUCAUGAAGGAGCAUUCCGGUCCUGAGGUCCAGCUCAAGGCAGCCGGAGGCAUCAGGACGCUGGAUGAAGUACUCGCCAUCAUGUCCUUGGGUGUUUCCCGCAUCGGGUGCUCGGCAACGGUGGCUAUCCUGGAGGAGGCAAAGCAGAGAGGCAUCACCAACGAGCCAACAGAGGUCGAGUUUUCUUUUCCCGAGGAGUCCUGA